AUGGAGUACACUAACAAGAAUUUUCCACCCUUAAAAAAUGAUAGACUACUGAAAGCAGCUACUGGUAAGGAAGUUGAUAAAGUGCCUGUAUGGGUAAUGAGACAAGCUGGAAGAUAUUUGCCAGAAUUCCAAGCUGUAAGAGCUAAACAUGACUUUUUCACUGUUUGUCGGACUCCUGAACUCGCUUGUGAAGUUACUCUUCAACCUUUAAGGCGUUACGAUCACUUAGAUGCCUCAAUUAUAUUCAGUGAUAUCCUUGUUAUACCACAAGCAUUAGGUAUGACUGUGGAAAUGCAUCCUGGACUGGGCCCUGUUUUCCCUAACCCGCUUCAAGAUGUCUCAGAGAUUGAUGGACUCAAAGAAGAAGGUGCUGUUUCAAGACUGACAUAUGUAGGUGAUGCAAUUACAUUGACACGGCACAAAAUCAAUGGAAAAGUACCAUUAAUUGGUUUUACAGGAGCACCUUUUACUUUGAUGGGAUAUAUGAUUGAGGGUGGUGGCAGCAAAACUAUGUCUAAAACAAAGGAGUGGUUACAAAAAUAUCCAAAAGACGUUCACAGGUUACUUAGUUUGUUAACUAGAGUCAUAAUUGACUAUUUAGUUAUGCAGGUCGAAAGCGGAGCACAACUGAUUCAGGUUUUUGAAUCAAGUGCAGAUCACCUCACAAGAGAACAAUUUUCUGAGUUUUCGGCUCCUUACUUAAAAGAUAUAAGAACUUGUGUCCAAAAGAAAUUACAAGAAAAAACCUUAGAUCAAGUUCCUAUGACAGUCUUUGCAAAAGGAGGUGGACAUUCGUUAGAUAUACAAGCACAGAUGGGCUAUGAGACCAUAGGGUUAGAUUGGACUGUAAAUCCCAUUGAAGCAAGGAAAAUUGUAGGUGACAAUAUUACAUUACAGGGCAAUCUCGAUCCUCAAGAUUUAUACAAAACUCCAGAGGAAAUCAAGAAAUUAACUACAGAAAUGGUAAAAAAAUUUGGAAAGCAUAGAUAUAUCGCAAAUCUAGGCCACGGAAUAACACCACAAACGCCUUUAGAAAGCAUGACAGCUUUUACAGAAGCUGUUCAUGAAGCUGUUUAAUUUGAUAUAUUUUUUGUUUUUGUUAACAUGUUAUUUUUAUAAGGGAAUUAAAAGAGGGACACUUUUAUGUUAAUUAUUUUAAUGGAUUGUUACAAUUAUAAACUUACAAUUAUGUGGUUAAAGUUAAAAUUAAUAUAUGUUUACAUUGUAUAA